AUGGUCCAACGAAAGAGUUCAGUACAUAAACAAUAUAUUAUUUAUUCAAAAUUAUUGCCAACAAUAAUGAAUGAUUUGACAUCAACGCUGAACGAUACAAAAUUAUUUCAAGUGGCUAGACGAGAAACAAAACCCUAUCGGCAAUUUUUUAGUAAAUUUAUGCACGAUUGGUCAUUGGAUUUGGCUGCUAUGUUAGCCUAUAAUUUAUUAAUUGCUUUAUUACCCAUUGCCGUGGCAUUAUUCGGAAUAUUAGCCAUAAUUUUAGGUAAGUAUUCUAAUUUUCAAGAUACAAUUAAGAAAAAAAUUGUAAAUUCAUUUCCUGAUAAUACCACAAGAGAAGCAUUAGAACAAGUUGUUGGUUUAGCAUUUACACGAUUGUAUCACGAUGCCGGUUUCAUAUUAGCUGUUGGUAUUAUUUUUGCCAUAUUCGGUAGUUCACGACUCUUUUUGGCUAUUGAUCGGUGUAUGACAAUUAUUUAUCGUUUACAAGAACGUACAUUUUUGAAACAAAAUUUACUCGCAUUAGGAAUGUUAUUUUUAUUUAUUAUUUUAAUACCAUUAAUGAUAGCCGCAUCAUCAGCACCAUCAUUUCUACUCGGAUUAGUGAAAGCUAGUAGCAGUCGUUUCGGAACAUACUUGGCCGGUUUAGUAACAAGUUUACUAAUCUCAUUUGUUCUAUUUGAAACUAUUUAUUUUAUUAUACCACAUAAAAAAAUGACAUUUAAACAAACAUGGUGUGGUUCACUCGUAGCCGCUAUUGCAUUAGAAUUAUUUUUAAUCUUAUUUCCUUUAUACGUUCGUAAAUUUAUGACAAAUUAUGCUGGUUCAAUCGGUUUUGCCGUUAUACUCUUAUUAUUCUUUUAUUAUUUUGCUACUAUUUUAAUAUUGGGUGGUCAAAUCAAUGCCUUUUUCUUCGAACAUAUUCAAGGUUUGCCAGAUGGUUUAGGUACAUUUGUACAUAAAUCAUUUGAUGGAUAUAUCAAUGAUGAUGAAGGUGAUAUAACAACAGGAAAACACGCAUAUAGUACGAGAGAACAUGCCAGUGAUGAAAAUCAAAAUGAAACGGUAAUUCAUAUUGUUAAUCCAAGAUAUUGGUGGAAUAAAUUUUUUCCAUCGAGAGUUAACACUCAUUAA